AGUGCAUAUCAGUAGUGAAAAGUAUUUUCAUUUUUAUUAACGAAUUACGGAGAUAACAUCGAUAAUGCAGCAAUCAGAUUUGAAAAAGUGCGCCCCGGAUGUCGAGCUUGAAGUAACCAUAGUGGAUAUUCUGGAUUAUGUGGGCGAAUCUGUGCGGCCGAUCAAAGAAGGUUAUGCUGUAUAUGCCGCGAAUCAUGUAAUCUGUAUCGGAUACCGCCAGCAAGAUGCAGUAAAUACGGAAGUCACUGGUUACGUGACUCAGACCUCGCAUCCUGGAUUGGCUCCACAUGAAGUGUUCUUGAAGCUGCAACAGGACAUUUCUAAAUGGACACUGAAAUGUUCUUGCAAAGCUGGAACAGCUAAAUGCAAGCAUAUUGUUGCAUGUUUGCUCCAUAUAGAGAAGUAAGUACCGUUGUGGGAUACAAUUAAAACGCCUUCAUAUAACUAAUCAAUUUCA